AAAUGUUUAUCAAUGAUUAUUCGCAGAUAUUUAUUUGACUCAGUAGCUGCUAUUGUUAGUGAAGUUGAUAUUUUUAAAUUUUCCAACUUUGGAAUUCCUGACCGAUAAGAAGAAAAAUGCAUAAAAAAUUUCUUAUCUGCGUAUAGUUACUGUAUUAAAAUCAAACAGUUUAAGAAAAUCUCGUUUCCCUGCUUCUUCGAUAUUUUCCACGGCUUUGUUUCAAUGGAACUCCCUAAAAUACUCGAACUAUCCUAAUCAAAGGUAUUGCGCGUAUAAAAUUACUGCGCAGCAAACAAAAUUGCAACAGCGAUUUCCACACACUUAACUCGUUUUCCCAGGCGAUUGUAUGAGGUUUAGGCAUAUUUAGAAAAACUGCUUUUUACCGCAAGGUUAUUGGUUAAAAGCCAGAUUUUAAAUCGCGUGCAUGCGCAUGUUGUAUGGAUCUUCUCUUUUUUUCAUUUAUUGCAGGGCGUAUUAUAUAUCUCUAGUAGCUAUACGGUGGAACCAAAUAACAAUAUAUUUUCAGUGAAAAUACAGAUUAAGUGUGUUGACAAUGCAAACUGCCCGAAAGGUUAGUGGUACGAAAAUGUCAUAGCCGACUGAGAGGCAUCAAUAAUUUAUCGAAUUGCAUCGAAAAUAUCAUCAAAGUAAAUCGCUAGGCCACGAAAAAUACCAAAAACUGAUCCGCGCAGAGAUAAGAAAGUUAGUUAUUCUUUUUUUUCUAUUCCACCUCCCUCGCAAGAGCCGGUGACGUCAUCGCGACGGCGCCAGAUGAAAGCGACAGAUUUGCGUUGCGAUGUUAAUCCUAAAAAGUCACGCGGACAACAAUGGCCGCUCGGACUCGAUCCGGCCGGUGCGACCGGUCGGCGUGAAACGAGAUGAAAUCAUCCACCUUCGGAAACACAAUGAAACGAGACCCGAUCGCCUACCUUCCCGCACAAAAUCGAAAGUAAAAGUUUUUGGUCACGCUCGACUCGCUCACACGAAAAUCAGUACUAUUCUCCUCGAUGCCCGAAUAAUACGACAGCGAUCGCGGCCGCGGGCGCCCAAAAUCAUCCAUCUCAACGGGGGGGGCCAGAAAUAUGAACGAUGUCGUCGUCGGUGGGCGAACGAAAGAUACGCGACGUGCGUGACCUGUGGAACGCGAACCGCGCGGAAACCGCGAGGGAAACUGCACCGAUGCAUUACAACGACCCGCCGGGCACUGACCACAAAACGAGGCACAAGUACAAAACGCUUGAACGGCACCUGAGCAUGAAGAAGACGAUCAGGAAGAAGAUGAUGCGCGACCUGAGGGAGAUUGGGGACGCGUCGUCGCACGAGAACGAAAAUAACCAGACGGCGGCGUUUUUGGAACAGAUCAAAAACGACCAGCCGCCGCCCGAAAGCGUCGAGAAGCCUAGCCUGUGGAAACGACUGACCAAAGGAUGGACCCAUUGACUAUGAGUGGACGUUCGCACCGCCCGUUUUUAUUUUUACAUUUUUUUGUUAACUAUUGUAGCCGCGCGCAGUGAUAUAUAAAUAACUUUCGUUGUUGUGUUUUUAUGAGCUUUAAGGUUUUACGCUGUUCCUGAAUGUUAUUGUAGGUAGGUUUAUGUGCAACGACCCUGUAUUAUUGUAACAAUUUGGGGAUGUUAUAACACGAGCAAUAAUAAAAAGUUUUGCCGC